UCGCCGUCCCGGGCGCUGGGUCCUCUGGGCUCUGCAUGCAUCGAUGCCCUUCCGGGAGGUGGGCUGCAGCGGCAGGAGCCAAGUGGGUCUCGGAGACCGCCGGGGCGCGCAGGGCCCGGGGCGCGGAACUCCGGGAACCGCUAGUGCCAAGCACUUGCGUUUCGGGACUCCGAGGGCUCCUCGCGCCACCUCCAGCACCCGAAGAGAGUGGGGCCGCAGCCCUAUCUCUUUAGAAGCUGAGCAGCCAUGACCUUUGCUGAAGAUGAGACCUAUAAGUAUAUCCGCCUCCAUCACAGCAAGUUUUGCUGUGUUAAUGUUCUGGAGAUUCUGCCUUUUCUGCCUUGCCUGACAGCCAGUGACCAGGAUCGACUACGGGCCUGCUACUCAAGCCUGGGAAACCAGGACACACUCUGGGAACUCUUCAACCGCCUCCAGCGCCGAACUGGUUGGGUAGAUUUCUUAAUCAAGGCACUGAAGAUCUGUGAGCAGGCUGAGCUUGCUGAGGAAGUGGCUCGUGUUUACCGGAGCAAACUGCUUCCUGGGAACCCAACCUGUUCUCCAGCCUCUCAGGCAGCACCGGCAGCUCCUGGCAAGGUCCCAGGGCCCUCUGCACCUGCUGUGGCUCACGUCCCCUACAAUGGCUACCGAGAAGAGCCAGGUUACCCCAGGCCUGUGCAGGACACACAGCCACCAAAGUCCCCAGGAGAGAGUUCAGAGCCAGCCCCACAGAUACCCAGUUCCAGGGGAGUCCUGAGGAGACCUGCUGGCUCCUUGGAGCCCUCCUCUAACCCAACAGCCCUCAGUCUUCCGACUUCCAGCAGGCAUCAGGAGCAGGAUCGAGAACUGGGUGGUACCCACAUAGCAGGUGCAGUUUGCAGCUCCACAUCAACCCGUGGGCCUGUGUCCCCGACUGUCUCCUUCCAGCCCCUGGCCCGUUCCACCCCCAGGAAAAGCCACUUGCCUGGACCUGCAGUGUCAGCUCCUGCAUCUGCUGGUCCCUCCUCCAUUGCCUUGGCUUCUGUAGAAGAGAUUGGUGACCAUAAUAAGACUGCCAUCUGCUCUAGUGAUGCAGAGGUACCUGCUGAUUCAACAACUACCAGCUUAUUGCCCUCCAAAGUGCCUGGCAACUCGGCCCUUGUCAGCUUGGGGCCCUCCAAGUUGCCUACCAGCACGAAGCCCCCUGGUGCAGUGCCCCCUAAAGUGCCCUCCAACCCAGCACCAUCCAAGUUGCCCAUCAACUCAACACGUGCUAGCGCCAUGCCAUCCAAAGUGCCUACCGCUACCAUGAUUCCCACCAAGGUGCCUACCAACACGAUGCCCUCCAACGGGAGCAAAGCCAAGGAGACCCCAGGGACUCCAGCAACCACAGUCACCAUUGAAGGCAGCUCUCCUUGGAGGGGUAGCAGCUCUGGGAACUUGCACUCUGAGGCCGAGCUGAGCAAGCCUGGUACCCUGGUAUCGAAGGUCGACAGCCAGCCAUUUUCUGGCUGUUCUGAAGAUCUCGCUAUCAGCAAUUCUGUGGUCCUGGAGUCCAGCCAAGGCCCAGAGGAAAAUGAGUACAUGUCCUUUGCUAUCCAUGUGGCUGAGGGUCCCAGUGCUGACCUCCUGGAUGGCAUCCCUGAACGACCUGAGGCCUCAGAGCCCCAGGAGGAGGAAGAGGAGGAGAUGGUGUGCUCAACAGCACCAGGGGCUCUAUGGUGGCUGGGGACUGCCGCAGCCAGCGCGCUCCUGGCGGUGUUCCUGGUGGUGCUGUACCGGCGGCGCCCACUGCAAUGAAACCUCCAUGGCCCACUGCACCAUGCAUCUGCCGCAUUCCCACGGUGCCCUUUCCCCAGGCUGGCAGGGGCCGGGUCAAGCAGGGGACCUCGAGAACUACGGGCCUGAUGGAGGAGUGAGUUGUGAGGACAGCGUUUUCUGUCCUAGCUUUUGUCCUCUGCUUGUCCCUCACCAUCCUUGGCUUUCUAGGCUCUAAGCGGCCCCCAGUGCUUCAGACCUUGCCUACCUGGUGGUCUCCCUGUGUGCUCCUAAGGAGGUCCCCUCCACCAGGCUUUGUCUCCCUUUGCCCAAGCCUGAAGAUCAGGACGUGUCCCUCAUUCUGCCCAGGUCCCCUGAGGCCAAAACAGGUGUGUUGGGUGGGGGAUUCCCACAAGACCUUGUUCCCCGCCCAGCAGCUCAGCAUCCUGACAGCAGCAAGGUGCCUAGUGUUCAGGGAGCCAGCUGCUUUGGGUUCCCUGGCUCUCUAGUCCCCCUCCAUUGGCCAGGCCACCCUGGAAGAAGGUCCAGUUCCAGUGGACCCAGGGAAGCCAGAAGCAGCCACUAGACAGGAGGAAGACCCUUGGAGCCUUUCUCCAAUCCCCUUACCUCCACCUCCUAUCCUCCAUUCUCUUUGGCUUCCUACAUGGGUUGGGGAAGGGACCUGCCUAGUGGGCAGAAUUCAAGCCAGGUUUAGAUUUCAGGUCUUCCCUUUCUGGGCUGUGUGACUUUGGCAGAUGUUCAGACUCUCUGGUCUGGUUUCCCCACGUGGACAGUGAGCCUCUAGCUCAUCCUUCUUGGACAUGACAUACAGGAUGCGGCAUCCCUCCUGUCUAACCAGGUAGAGCUGAGGGCUUAAGAGGCAGAGUGCACAGCAACAAGGGUGCGCUGUGCAGUGAGGGGAGGCUCGGCUGCAUCCUGCUCAUCAUCUCACUAGCUCUUUAAUCCCAGGCAAGAUAUUAACCUCUGUGUGCCUCACUUUUCUCACCUGUUAAAUGGGAGUGAAAUGUCCACACACACACACACACACACACACACACACACAUACACACACGUACAUAUAUACAUGUAUAUUCUAGUGUUGUCGUGGGGAUUAAAUUAGUUUAUCUGUGUAAAUCUUAGACUGAAUCCUGGCAUUUCCUAGGGACUGGAUAUAUGUUAUUAUUGCUAAUAAAUGGGCAGUGAGUAGAGCACUUGGCUAUACUUUUAGAGGUAAACCCAGACCCUGCUACCUUCUCCUUCCUUAUAUCUGCCUCUUAACUUCAUCUAGUACAUUUGCGAGUUGUUGGGGAGGGAGGUCCAUCCARUGGGCAGCUGUUCUCCCCAUCUCCAGCGGCCAGGGGUGUUCCACCACCUCCCUGGGUGGGAAGAUAGCUAUACUCUUCACACAUUGAGGUGCACUGGGCGGGUAUCCUCUUGGGUUCUUUUCAGGUGGCCUUUGCUGGACAAAUGGUAGACACAGGAGCCUUCUCCAUUUCUGGGCUCUUCAAGGGGCAAGAACUAGAGCCCUUGGAGACAUCAGGGGUGGGGCUUGUUAUGUAAAGCUCACGGCAGCUUUACCCUACACUGCCCUAGGGAACUUCCACAACCUAAUGACCUCUACUUCUGAAUUUCAGCCCCCACUCUAAACCCAACAGCCUCUAACUUGAAUCCAGGUGUGAUCUGUCCCCAAGCUAUCUGUAUCAGUACUUAUCAAUCCCUUGGUCUUAACCAACCACUGUAUCCCCCACCUGUACCCCCAGGUGCCAGCCAGUCAGUUUGUGCACAGGUCCUAGUUUUAAUGUGCUAGCCUCCCAGGGUACUUUGGGG